AUGUCUGAAAGCAUCGGUGCAGUCCUCACGGUCGCCACGACCCUGGCGCCCUUCUUUGACCCGACUGGAAUAUCGCUGGCCAUAUUCACAAUCGUCUCACUCGCCCUGGGCUUCGCAGAGCACCCCCCACAGCCGGACAGCCACCGCCAGACGUCGUUCCGCAUCCACAUGGGCCUGGACUCGCAUGGGGGCCAGAACAAGGGUGGUUUCAUCCCCGACUUGCGAGUCUGGGACGAGAGGGGAAACUGGUUGGGUGCCUUCUGGGGUGACGAUAAGGACGUGCCGGCGGGCGACUUUAUCGACUUCACCAUCGAUCUCAACGAGCCGCACCAGCCUACUUACUCGCUCAUUACGGCCAACGAGAAUGACAUCUGCAUAGCCUACGUCACGCAGACGUUGGCCACGGGCGAGAAGUACAGCUGGACGGGACAGUGGGCGCAGACUUGUUCCAAGCCAUGGUACUUUUCAAGUGUUGUCUUUGACGGCCAGGAUGAACUGGCCUGUGCAUGGCUCUCGAUGCACCACAUUGACAACAAGAGUGUCACGGCGGUCCAGCUCCACAUCCACGAGUUCAAAUACACGAAAGCUAACAACAAGUCCCUUGAGUACUUCUGCGCGGGAAAUCCCACGAUGAAAUUCUACUCGGAUUUUGACCCCUCUGAGAUCGACCGGUGGGAGACACGCACGCCCGAGAACAUGAACCGCACCCGCGGCAUCGUCCACGUCCCGGCGCAACCGGACUCGCGACAACGCCACACCCGCCGCAGCCAGGAGAACAACAGCCUGUACCCUGAGCAGCACGCACCUAUCUCUCGAGCCUCUGGACCGUCGAACCCGCACCGGGCGCCGCCACCACACGGCAGCCACCACCAGAACCGCCCACGGUCCCCUCACAACAGCUGGCUGAUCAAGUCGCGGCGUGGGCAGAGGGCAUCGAGGCUGUGCGCGGAUCCAUCGUCGCGGGGGCCCGACUUUGUCUCGUACUCGGAGGGCUUGUUCUGCAACAUGGAGACGAGGGAGGUGCUGCCCCUGUGCGAUCGGGCGGCUGGGUUGGUGACGGGCUGCUUUGACGACGGGGCAAAUGUUGUCAAGAGGAGCGAGGUCGAGAGGGGGGAUGUGUUGGACGAGUUGGGGUAUGACAAGGUGGAUGAGUGGCUUUGA